UUUAUAACUUGUUUCCCUAUAGAGCUUUGAAAACAUUAUAAUGACUCACUUUACACACUGAGGCAAGAUUUGAAGAAUACAAAGCUGGAAAUCUGAAACUUCUAACUUUUGCCACAAAUGAAUAUAUAAUAGAUUUUUAUGACUUGGAAAAUAUAUGGGUUGACUACAAGAUAUAGCCUGACAAAAUGCAUGGAUUAUUACUUUCCAUUAUUGUGUUUUUAUAUGGAGUGUCUUCAGCAUGGGGACAUGGGAUUAUGAUAGAGCCCCCAGCGAGACCUAGUCUAUGGCGGUAUGGAUACAGGGUGCCCAAGAAUUACGAGGACAAUCAAGUAUUUUGUGGUGGUUAUGCGAAACACUGGUAUGAGAAUGGAGGUAAAUGUGGCCCAUGUGGCGACCCCUGGGAGGGACCGAGAGAUAAUGAAGCUGGUGGAAAGUAUGCCAAAGGGAUCAUUGUACGGAAAUAUCAAACUGGACAAACUAUUGAUGUCUACAUCAACAUAACAGUUAACCACUGGGGCUGGUUUGAGUUUAAAUUGUGUCCAAAUAAUGAUGUGAAUACACCCAUAACACAUGAUUGUUUGGACCAGUUCCCCCUUGAGAUCAUCAACAGUGAUACAAGAUUUGAUUUACCAAGCAAGGAGACUAAGAUUUGGUUCCUCCAGGUUAAGCUUCCCCCACAACUUGAAUGUUCUCAAUGUGUUCUGCAGUGGAAAUACCAUGGUGCCAAUAGAUGGGGUACUGAUCCGGAUGGCUGGGAAUGUACAGGUUGUGGACCACAAGAGGAAUUCUAUGCAUGUGCUGAUAUAGCUAUAGGCUAUGAUUACGACUCUGUACAUGCACAGCUUCCAAAGCUUAAACCAGAGAGGAAGCAGCGCCCGACAAGUACAGCGCCCCCUGGUGGUGAGGGGGAUCCUUCAGAUAGAUCAGACCCCAGGAUCAUUAUAGUGUACAGUGAUGCAGUAGGGAGGGGGUAUCAGUGGCAAUCAAUAACACUGGCCUUCUCAGUAUUCAUUCUCUUUUGGAACAUUUUAUAAAAGAAUCACCAAACAAACAUUGGCACUUAUAUCCUCAAUGAAGGAGAUGGGACUUCUAUCUUAAUAGAGGACAUUUAAAUAUAUAAUUAUAAUCUUGUAUUUUAACAGUGGUGGAAAUUGAAUACAAUUUGUAUUUCAACAUGAAAUAAAGAUUCUAAAUGAAAUAUGGAUUUCAAUGUGAC